AUGAAACUAUCAGGAAAUCGUAGUGCUCCUGGUUCUUAUAGAAGUGGAGCAUAUCGUGGAUUCAGACCAACUUCUUAUGAAGACGAAAUUACUGCAUCCCGAUUGGAAACUGGGUGCCCGGGAUGUUGCAUUGGACCACCAGGAAAGCCAGGUCUCCCAGUACUUGCUGGAAAGCCUGGAAUGCCAGGAACCACUCCAAACCAGACCUGUCCACUCAACCAGGUCUGUUAUCCACCACCAUGUCUAAAGGGAUCACCAAGAACCAAGAGAUGGCCAGGAUUUAAAGGAGACGUCGACCAGAACCACGUGGACCAUCAGGAAAUCUUGAAACUCAGAUCGUCAAUUACUUGCUAG